AUGCCGUCCCUGCAGGUGCUGAUCGUGCUUGCCGUGGCAACGGCUGCGUCCGCCCAAUACUACAGCUCCUCUCCUGCCCCUGCCCCCAGCCACCGCCCAGCUCCCACCCCCAGCUACCAGCCCGCUUCCGCCCCCAGCUACCGCCCCGCUCCCGCCCCCAGUUACCAGCCCGCUCCCGCCCCCAGCUACCAGCUCGCUCCUGCUCAAAAGGGAUCCGGCUAUCAGGAAAAGAGCGGCCCUGCGCAGUACUCAUUCGAGUGGAGCGUGGACGAGGACUACAACCAGUACAACCACAAGGAGAGUAGGGACGGCUACGACACUGAGGGCUCUUACUCGGUGGCGCUGCCCGACGGCCGCGUCCAGACUGUGACCUACACCGUGCUGGGCGACGCCGGCUACGUGGCCGAGGUCAGCUAUCAGGGCGAGGCCCAGUACCCCGAGGCCAAGCAGCGCGGCUACCAAGCGCAGGGUGGCUACCAGGCCGCGCCGGCGCCCACCAAGUCCCAGCAGGGCUACGCCCCCAGGCCCGCUGCCAGGCCCCAGCAAGGCUACGCCACCAGGCCCGCUGCCGGGCUCCAGCAGGGCUACGCUACCAGGCGAGCUGCCAAGUCUCAGCAGAGCCCCUCCCGGCCCCAGCAGAGCUAUUCUCAGCCCCAGCAGGGCUCCUCCCGGCCCCAGCAGAGCUAUUCUCGGCCCCAGCAGAGCUACUCCCGGCCCCAGCAAAGCUCCUCCCGGCCCAAGCAGAGCUACUCGCAGCCCCAGCAGAGCUACUCCCGGUCCCAGCAGGGGUACUCGCGCCCCCAGGCCCGGCCCACGUACGCCCCGCGUACGUACAGCGCCUCUAGCGGGAGCUACGCGAAGUCGACGACGGCGCCCUCUGCGGAGUACGGGGCGCCGGCCAGCACCGCGGCGCCCGCCGCCUACCCCUCCUACAAGACCAGCAGCGCGCCCAGUGAGGAGUACGGAGCGCCGGCCAGCACCGCAGCGCCCGCCGCCUACCCCUCCUACAAGACCAGCAGCUCGCCUAGUGAGGAGUAUGGCGCCCCCGCCAGCUACUAG